AUGGAAUCAGACAAUUAUCCAGCUUUGCUCACCGUUACAUGCAGAUUCGUCCCAUAUGACCAGUGGUUCGUCACCCAUGUCGAUGACAGCUGGAAAGUUAAACAGGUUAAGCACUGGUUUCUCUCCAAAUGCAAUUUAAUACAAGAAUCAGCUCCACCGAAGAUUCAUCGUUCGGUAUCGCCUAUCACUUUUGCUUCGACCACCCGUACAAAGAGCUCGCUGGAUGGUAGCGGGGAUGACACCUAUGAGGAAGAUGAGUACGACGAUGAUUCCGACGACUACGAUGACCUCUCCUAUCAUCACCAAGCACUGCGACGGCACAACCUACAUUCUCGCCAGAUGCUCAAGGCGUCCUUUUCUUCGAAUACGUCGGACCCUCCUGGCAGCUUUCAAGCCACACUACUCGGGAAGAACACCGUGGCUGACCAGUACACACUCCUUUCGUUUUCCACUGGAAUUAUUUUAGAAGAUGACUUUGCCCUCUCCUGGUACAAUAUACAUCCUUAUGAACUCCUCGAGCUUCACCGUGCUGGAACUGUAAUAUCUCUGCCAAGAGACGUAAUCCCCGACUACGUCCAACCCUUUUUUGAAGCUAAGGUAAGGGCGUUGCGCGCCGUUUGGAACGAGAAAUCGGGGCGAUUUGAGUCCCCGUCUAAUGUUAAGGACACUAACUACAACACACUCGGUGGCAAGGGUAAGGACAAGGCCAAACCAGAUCCAUUCAUGACUGUAUCGUCACCACGACCUGCCGAGAGGAAGAACCGUAGAGCCAAGGUAGAAUGGAGAGAUCGUUGGGUCAUUAUACACCAGGGGGUUCUCACUUUAUGUAAAGAUCAAUCAGGCAGCAUCCCCAUGCACGCAUUCCCUCUGUCUUCCUCAUGCGCCCUGCGUGGGGCCGACUCCCUAGCACGAGCAUGUUCAAUCAUAACAGAACAGCGUGUUGUAUGCGUUAAGUUCCAGCCAUCUGUGUCCUCACCAUCAUUUGUAUCACCUCCCGGCUCAGUGCCUUCAUCACCCUUAACAGAACAUUCCAACUUUGAUCAAUUCCGAAAUAUCGGGAAAAGUGAUCGUGCGAGAGGGAAGGAGAGACAGCAGAAUAUCGACACUGAUACGGAUGGAGAGGUAGAAUAUAAGCCGAGGCAACAACCGUCCAGUAACUACAAUCCAGAGGAUAUAUGCCGUUCAGAGGGAGAGUGGCUUGUGUUGGACAUGCUGGAUGAUCAGGCAUUUGCAAGUAUUCUUCGCAUUCUCCAUCGUCAUUUACCGUAUCCCAUGUCGUCGUCGUUCAUAUCAUCCUCAUCCAUAGUUACAAUGCCAACUCCCAAUGUUCUCUUACCAGCUAUCACGCCAUUCAUGUAUUCCUAUCCCUACGACUCGCUUCCAUAUCCAGAAUGGCGGACAAAUAUCACAGAAACGGCUCGCAAGGCUGGUAUGGGAGACAUUGGCAAACCAAUGGCGUGGGUACUUUGGGAAGAGAAGGGAUUAGGGGACACGCUCAUGGAUAACCUCCGCGACCAACGGCGGAGAUUUACCCAAAAGAUGCAGUAUAGGAGGAACGGCUUACCUUCGAACGCGGAUAUUCGAAGCGAUGAUAUUGACACAGACGACAGCGAAUUAGAGUGGGAAGGAUGGAUGAGGGAUUUGGAUCGCCAAGGUCGAAUCAAACAGUCAUUAGAGUCGCGGUCUAGUUUGGGACAGAAAAGUCCAAGCUCGGAUCCUUCCACAUCCUUACCUUCUCCACCUCUGUCAGAUGCUUCUUCGCCUGAUCGGGGACGCUCUCCAACGCUGACAACACCUUCUGCUACCUUUCCAAUGAAAGUUUCUCAUAACUAUCUUCCUCAUUCCGCAUAUUCCAGUCUCAGCACGUUAGUGGAGAGACCACGAACGUCCCCAUCGCAAGAUGUUGGAAGAAUGACCAUGGAUAUGGAUAGGAUGACAGUCACGACCAGUACCGUGAGCGUAGGCAGUAAACCAGCCCGGAGGCGUUCCUCGACCAUCACGACUGCUAUCCCCGCAAAGUUGAAGAAGGAUAAGGACAAAUCGGAAACGCAUCAAGGUCACCGAUCGCAAAUGUCUGCCAUGUCUCCUACCAUCCUCGAACGUGGAAAUAUCCGUAUUUCUACUGCUACAUCACCGAAAUCGAGGAGUAAUCCUCUGAUUCGCCAUGCACGUUCUGGGUCGAAUCUGCAGAUGCGCUCUACUGCACAUAACAUCGCUGAAGUAACUUCUGAUCAGGAAGGAGGGGACACUGAUAAUGCCACUGGUUCUGGAAGCAAGAAACGGCAGAAUGGCAUUAUGCGUGGAAUGUCGAUUCGUGCGGAGAAGUUUGUUAGAGGACUAGAUUCCGCCUUGGAGUUCGUUGAAGGGAGAACCUAG